UGAUUCACAUUCAAUUUAACUUUUACGCUGUGCUCGACCGGAUCGCCCGCCAUCGCAGUUGCCAUUGACCGCACAAAGUAUCGCACGGUGGACGGUUGUGGUGUAGAGUGAACUCGUUCCAUCCACUUCGCAUCGGGGAAAGACUAGCAAAAAGUUGUGUUUGGCUAAAGUGUACAGUGAAAAGUUAUUUUUCCACCGAAUCGGAUCUACGGGUCUUGAGUAAGCAAAAAGUUCGCGAAGUUUACCAUCCGGGUACUGCCCAGUGCUGCUGCUAUCACGAGAACCCGGCCGCCGGAGAGUGCAAGGCCAAAGUGUCAAAGUUAUAAAAGUUGAUCGAAAAGCCCAGCAAAUGGCAAAGUUUGCCACAAUCCUGGCGCUAGGUGCCAUCCUGUGCGGCUCGAUUGGCCUAUCACAUGGACACACGUACAAAACGGGAGAGUGCCCAACGGUGGAACCGAUGAGCGGAUUCAACAUGCAGCAGUUCCUGGGUGUUUGGUACGUGAUCCAAAAGACGGGAACCGCGUCGACCUGUGUCCUGUACAACAUCACCAAAAGCGACGAACCGGGCGAGUACCACAUCGAACAACUGUCGCAGAAGGCACCACUGUCAAUUACUCCCAUAAAGCACGAGUACAGCUACACUGGUACGCUGAAAGCGACCGAUAAGGACAUCCCGGCCCGGAUGACGGUCCGGUUUCCGCUGAGUGUUGCUGGAUCGGCUAAGUUUGUCGUUUUCAUGACCGAUUACGACACGUUCGGGGCUAUUUUCUCCUGUCAGAAGAUUUCGUUCGGACAUCGUCAGAGCGCUACCAUCCUGUCGCGGACCAGGGAUCUUGACAAGAUUUAUGUCGAUAAGAUCCGCAACCGGCUGGCCGGCUUCUCGGUGGACCCAUUCGACCUGAGCAUAAUCAACCAAACUGGCUGCCCGAAGGAGGGCGAAGCUGGCUGGAACAUCCACAUCGAUCCGGACACCUUUUCGGCGAAAAACAUUGCCAACGUGUUCCGCAAGGCCGGCGAGAAGAUCGGCGACGGGUUCGAGUACGCCGUGAACGCAGGCAAAAAGAUCUAUCACCAGUAUGCGGACUCCAGCGCGGAACAGGGCAGCGGAACACCUUCCACCGGUAACCGAGCUGAGCGCCUAACCAUGAAACCAAACCCAGAAGCCGAGUGGCUUCCGUGAACCGGACCUGACCUUCUGACCAGCAGCAGUUGAGCGUGCAGGUCAAGUGUAGACCAGGUUUUCACUGACAGUUUUAUAUGCCUAGCUAGAAAUAUCAAAACAAAUUUUACUCAUGUGAAUGACUUUACCUGUAAAAUAAAGACAGUCAACUUUGUAU